GCAGUACGGCGCGGCUUUUCGGAGCCGGCGACGUCUGAUGUGCUCGGCUCUGGUCAUUCAGUCCGCCAGUCAGCUGAUGUGUGUGUGCGCGCGCGCGCAACUGCUACGGAAUGUGCACGCGGGCUCGUCUCCCCUUCACAUAAAACUAUCUCUUAUCAAAAUACUAUUUCUCGGUUACCGAAACCUCCUCGCAAUCGCAUGACCGGUCGUAAUGGUGUUACCAAACUAUUACUCCGAGGUCAGUCAACCUUCAAUACAACGACCUUAUCAUAAUCCUACACUUUUCAUGAUCGAUUGAAUCAUUUCGAAUUGACAUGAUGUUGUUUGCGUGGGUUGGAGAGCGACGGAGCAGAGUGAAUAAUCACUGUUUCAAAGCCGAAAACUGUUUCUGUUGAACACAAGAGUGUCUAGAACGAGUGAGAUUUAACGAUAAAUUUAGAACUAAAUUGAGUCCAUUAGCGAUUUGUGUGUAAAUAUACUAAUCGGCGAAACCUCUAGACUCAUCAUUGCUUCCAAAGCAAUCCCUACUACUGUUUGGCAAUCCGGAUAUGAGAAUUAACGUACGGACGAUGGCCACUCCGAUACAGGAGGAAGUGGACAAUAAUCUGAAGGUUCGCACAGGAAUGGUGAAGGUUAGCGAUGGUAAGACAAGGCCGACUCCUAUGCGAAUGCACCUGUCCAUGGAACUACUGAAACUUCAAAAAGAGGAAGUGAUGCCAAACAACCACAACCACAAGCACACACCGUCUGACUCCAAACAGGUACGAAUUGUCAGCGUCACAAGGCAGAAGAUCGGGGGUCUCGGCCUCAGCAUCAAAGGAGGUGCAGAACACAAGUUGCCAAUUCUUAUAUCAAGAAUAUUCAAGGACCAGGCAGCAGAUCAAACGGGGCAACUUUUUGUUGGAGAUGCCAUUAUCAAAGUUAAUGGAGAGCUGAUCACCAACUGUCAACACGAUGAGGCUGUGAACAUUCUGCGCAAUGCAGGUGACAUGGUAAUGCUCACUGUUAAGCAUUAUCGGGCAGCAACACCAUUCCUACAAAAGUCAAAAAAAGACGAACAGCAGUUGGAUAAUGAUGGUGCGGGUAGUGAAAUAGAUGACAGAAGUUGGGGCUGUAGAAAUGGCUCAAAUAGAACGUCGACCAUUAUUGAUGACAAAGAAACGUCACAGCAAACUAGAUGGAUAGAUAUUAUAACAGUUCCUCUAAUGAUGGCAUACGUAACGCGCUACAUUUUCGGAACAGACAAGCUGAGGCCAAAUGCCUUCGAAGUGAGAGGCCUGAAUGGAGCUAGCACAGGAGUGGUGCAUUGUGAUGAUGCUGCUAUCCUAUCACAAUGGCUGAAAUUCAUAAGUGAUAAUAUACUUGGACUGACACAUUUACAAAUGAAACUAUAUAAUCGUAAUUUCCCAGCUGCCGAGAGGAUAGAAUACAUGGGAUGGGUGAAUGAAGGAAUUUUAAAUAACAAUAAUAAUCAUCCAUGGCAAAGUUACCAGCCCAGGUUUCUCACACUAAAAGGAACUGAUGUUUUGUUAUUUGAUUCACCACCAUUGAACAUUGGAGACUGGCUCGAAUGUAGUGUGGUGUUCAAAGUGUACCAGUCGAUGUUGAGGGUGAUAAAAGAUUCAGAAAAUGUUGACGAGAGACAGCAUUGUUUCCUGAUUCAGACAUCAGGACAGGAGUCGCGGUACUUCUCAGUAGAGACACGACAAGAACUGCUCAGGAUAGAAAGUGCGUGGCAUUGUUCGGUGUGUGCAGCAGUCAUCAAACUAGGGAGCAAAACGUUCAAUGUUACAGCGGGUGGAGCAGGCAAGACCGCCGGUCUAACGCUCGACUGGAAUCUGGGAUUCGCGCUUUAUGACACGCAAGCGCGCACCUACUCCUGGCAAUACAAGUUCUCCCAGCUGAGGGGCUCCUCAGACGACGGCAAGAGUCGACUCAAGCUGCAUUUCCAAGAUUCAGAGACAAAAGCAAUCGAAACAAAAGAACUGGAAUGUCCUUCUCUACAAGGUCUUCUUUUUUGCAUGCACGCAUUUCUAACAGCAAAAGUCGCAUCAGUUGAUCCAGCCUUCCUCUCAUCUAGAACGCCUUAGUAAUUCAAUUAGUUCCUCCUUGUCAUUGGCUCAGUGCUUGAAUCGGCUACUGGUAAUACCACAAUGCCUGCCACAUGACAUUUUACCUAAUGUACAUUGUGUAAGAAUGACUAUUAGUUAUAGUUUUCUUGAAAUAGGAUCUUGUACAGUGUGUUAAAUUUAUUUAUAGAUUUAUUCAAAGCGUUUAGACUCUUAUUGAUAUAUUAUAUAUAUAUAUUUGUACAAUUCAAAACUCGUGUUAAAUAUUAUCAUAAAUGUUGAAAAUUUGUUAUACCGCUACAAACUAUAUUGAUCAUUACCAAUAUUGAAAUACUCAAGCUUCAAUAUGGAUCCAUCUAUUAGCAACAGAGAAACAUAACAUUAGUUUAAAACGUUACCUUCUAUUUUCUAAUAAAACGCCUGCAAAAUGUAUUUCUCAAGCAAUUCUCGUAACAAACUGUCAAUUCAAAUAUUAUAAAUAUCAUGUAAGAAAUAGAUAUUAUUUUUUAUUCGUCAAUGUAAAACUAUAGAGAUAAAUGAUAAACCUUUAAAUAAUCAUAAUAAAGCGUAUUCACAAUAUUGGUUUCUAAAACUCUAUCGACAAAAAUAUUCUGAUUAAGAAAGGAUGCAUUAUUUCUUGGAAAUGGAAAAAAUCAAAAAUCAUAGUGAGAUUCUAUUAGGGUAUUAAAAUCUAGAGUAAAUUGACCUAUCUAUUGUGAAUUGAGUGAAUGGAAAGAUUUUGAAUGUGAUUUGCAAGAUAACUUAAUGCAAUAACAAAUUUAAAAAUACUCCGUAGCCAAGUUCUCCCCAAGAUGAAUAAACAACACAGUAUUUCAAGACGCCAAAUAAUAAUAGUUACCAAAUGCUGUCGUGUAGACUUAUUUCAUUAAAUAUUAUGAGAAAAACAUUUUAGGAUUAUUCAAAUAGCAUGAUACAGAGCUCGAUCAAGCAGCUACUAUACAAUGGAAACUAUUUUAAUAAGUCAAUAUUACAGCAAUAUAUAGGCUACUCUAGUUAUGCUUAUUAUGCAAGGUAAUGAGAUUUUAUUUUCCCAAUCAUCAAUACAUUGCAUUCCAUCCACUGAAUGCGUUUAAAGAUAAUAAAUACGAUUAUCAUAUAAAACUUAUUUUUAUGCUUACGUCCCAUGAAAAAGAUUACAGAAUCUUGUACACACACUCCCUCCAAACGUACAUUUUUAUUAAUUUCAAGUUUUGACUAAUCGCAAAUUAUUUUUCAGAAUUGAAUAACUAAAUGUUCAUGUACCGCAAUGAAAAUAUAGUGCAUGCCGUAAAAACAUAAGACAACAGCAAUGGCAUGUUUAAACGCUCAUAAUGCUUAUUUUCAAGCUUAUUCCACUCUUAUAAUAGUUCAAUUCAUUAGCAUGAGAAAAUGUUCAAGUGACACUAUGCUUCAGCUUCUCAACAGUACACAUACUUUCACCAGGCAUCUAUUUCCUUCUAUAAUGAAACAUUUUCAAUAAUGAUUGUAAUUUAUUACGACUCUACAAUUAUUCUUGCUGCUUGAAAACAGUGCAUAAACAAGAAGUAGGCCUAUUCUAGAUGUAUAAUAAUAUAACACAAUUAUCACAGCAAGAAACUGAGUUAGGUGAGAACAGAUGGACGAUUAUUAUUACUUCAUGACUGAAAGAGAACAUAGUAUCUCAGCUACAUUGUUCUAUUUCAAUUAUUUCAAGGAUUAAGAGCUAUCAGACUAAUACAAUAGUUUAAAUAAGAAAUUAAAAAUUCUAAUGUUCAUUCGUAUUUGACCAAAUAAACUUCAGGGAAUUGAGAAAAUUCACUUGAUUUUUUUAAGAUUUUCAUAGUUUAGUCACCAAAGAUUAAUUCUAUCAAUAAGGUUAAUACUUCAUGCGACCAAGUAUGUCCUUGGAAUCAGAAUGGUGACUUCUUACAACUAAUUGGCUACAUGUUGUUGUUGAUGUAUUUGAUAUUUGAAUAAAAUACUAUUCAAAUUUAUGAAUAUUCUGAACGUGUCUUCAUUAUUUCAUGGUUGAAUUGUAGAUAUCAAAAAUAUGCAAAACUGAAAUAAUAUCCUGCCUUUUCCAUGAAUGCUUCCUGUAUUUGUCGAAUUCUGAGAAUUGUCACAUAAUAGAAUAAUAAAUUGGGUAUAAUUAUUCUUAGGUGAUUUCAAGUUUGAACUAUUUUAUUGGUCUGCAAUGAAGACUAUGACAAACUAAAUGCAACAAGACACGACAACCUUUAAAGGUUUCUCACAUAUUGAAAAGUAUAAAAAGACUGGACCAGAAAUACUAAAGUGAAAAAAUCGUGUAACAGAUUAUAAUGAAGUGUUUUUCUAGCACAAAAUUAUUUCCUUCAUUUGAGAAAAAUGUAUAGCAUGGAAAGAAUCCAACACCUUCACUUUAAAAGUAUUGAUACUUGAUUUGUUACGUGACUUCUAGAAUGGAUUUAUGGAAAAUGAAUUACAACUAUAGAUAUUUAUCUACCAUAUUAAUCAAAAAAUGUAUGAAAUAUCUGUGAAAGAUUGUUUGUUCUCUGUAAGAAAUUGGCAAAUCAAUUUCAUGAUAAUAUUGUCAAAUAUUUUUAUUGUUAUACAGAAUAAGCAUAUACCAAAGAUUGGAUUGUAGUACCUGAGACAUCUAUAAGCCUAUAUAUCUUUAUUAGGAUUUACUAAUAAAAAGUUUGUGAAUAAAAUUAAAAUACGUAGAUUGGAAUAUUAUAUUCAUUUUAUGUUCCUAUCUUUGUGGAAUCAAGUAUUCAAAAGAAGAAGCGUAAGUUAUUCUUUAAAUAGUAAUAAUGGUUUUGGUUGUGCAAUGUCUGUGUUAACUUAUAACAUACCUUACUCGCAAUGUUAUUGUUGAUUCAUGAAUUGGUAUAACACGUGACUAAGAAAUAAUCGAAAACAGUGUGUAAGUAAAAAUCAAAUUAUAACAGAAAAAGCAUUUAAUUGAACCUCAGAAAUACCAUGAAUAGUAUCUUUCAUUAGAAUUUUGGUCUUUUACUAGCACAAUGUAUUAACUACCGACACAUGUACUCUGAUGAAACCAUGGUACAGUAUUAGGUACUACUAACUCGAAGAUGUUAUAGAAAACUCUGCUGUUCACAAUUUUCAACAUAUUUUAUUUGUCAUAAAUAUAUUUAAAAUAAUUUAUAUUCAUUUUUGAUGCGAUUAUAUAAAAUAUGCUGUUCGACCCAAGUUCAACAGCAAAUAAAUAAAAGAGGUUUUGAAUAUA